ACAUUUUAUUGAAGAAGUGCAUUGCUCCAUUAACCUGUGAGGUCAAAGUCUUUUGCACUGUAAGGGGACUGUCACACACACACACACCUGUGAUUACGUGUUGCACAGUCAGACAGUGGUUCCUCUCGUUUGACUGCUUUGGCCUAGCAGAUGGGCCUACCCUCUUUAAAGUAACUUUUCUAAAUAUUUACUUAUUAUAUUCCUUCUUCAAAUCGGCAAAAAAUAGAACCGCUGCACAGAAAGAAAAGGAAGUGACUGUUAAGUUACAUCCGUUAUUUACCUCUUACAAUGCCACGAGUUAUGACUGGUGUGUUAACUGCGUAAAAAAAUUAAUCCAAGUGCACAAGGUCUCCUAAAGGCCUUUUACACACCGGGGCGUUUUAUUUGUGCCUUUUUAAUCGUCAAUGUAUUUUUUCUUUUUGUGAUGGGUUCGGCAAAACAAAAAGCUUACGGCUAGAUUUAUUAUUAUUAUUAUUAUUAUUAUUAUUAUUAUUAUAAAUACUUGUUUUAACCAUGUCGCAUACAUUUCUGAGGACGUGCACAGCCAGCGUGCCACUGGAAUAUUGUAAAUCUUAGGGUAUUGACUUUGCAUUCAGCCACCACUAGAUGGCAGCAUAAGCAGCCUGUUUCAAGGCUCUGCUCCCCCACACACACAGGUGCAACAAUCAUAGGGAGGAAAAAAUAGUGCUACCAUUCAUAUUAUGGUAUACAUCUACCCUACAAGUAUAUCUGCUCCGUCUACAAAUUGUAAGCUGUUCAGUUACCAGAUAACUAGCUGCAAACAUUACAUGUUCGAUCCUGUUAUGUUUUUGACGGGAUGUAGAUCUACUUGCUUACUAGGGCCGUGCAAAAAUGUCUAUAUAACUGACUAUUGCAAUAUUUUUUUUGCCGAUAUUGUAUAGAUACGGCCAUGAUAAAUAUUGCCAAAAAAAAGAUGUAUUUAUGUUUAUGGCAUCUUCGUGAAACACACAUACUUUUCUUCUUCUUUUUUUUUACAGAGUUUUAAUGUAAUUUGACUGCCGAGUUCAGUAUAAUGUGACGUAUUAGACUAUCCAGGUGGUGCACAAGUUGUAUUUUCAGCUCUUUUUAUAUUUUGAGUAAACCAAUAGAGUUCAUAGCAAUAUUAUAGUAUUGUAUUGUAUCUGCCUCGCGUAUCCUGCGUCUGUUUGGAACGUCGGUUGUGCACGUCCUCAGAAAUUAAUAGUAGAUGGACUGUACUUGUACAUCUCUUUUCUAGUCUUCCGACCACUCAAAGCUCUUUAACACUACAUGUCAGUUCACACCCAUUCAUCCACUGAUGGGAGGAGCUACCAUGCAAGGUGCCACCUGCCCAUCAGGAGCAACUAACAUUCACACAGCGGAGGAACAGCCUGCGGGAGCGAUUUAGGGUUACGUGUCUUGGCCACAUAACACGGACUAGCAAAACUGGGGAUCAAACCGCCGAUCCUCUGAUUGAAGGAAGACCCGGCCACAGUUUGCUACAUCGUUUCUGGUGUCGGAGUUGGAGGCAGCGAGGAUGAUCCUGGUCACCAAGCCUGAAAAGAAAGCCCAGGAGUCGGGCAGCCCCAUGUUCCAGGAGCUGAAGGGCAUCUGCAUGUCUCUGGGCAUGUCCAAGCCUCCAGUCAACAUCACCAUGUUCCAGUUCUUCAGUGGAAUCGAGAAGAAGCUAAAAGAAGCCAUGAGUAAAGUCCCACCCAAUCACGUCGGAGAGCCUCUGCUGAAGAAGGCCCUCGGACCCUUGCACUUGGAGAAGAUUGAAGCUAUAAACCAAGCCCUUGUCAAUGAGUACGAAGUGAGAAGGAAAAUGUUGCUGAAGCGCCUCGAUGUGACGGUGCAGUCCUUCGGUUGGUCCGACAGAGCCAAGACGCAUGCUGAAAAGUUGGCCAAAGUCUACCAGCCGCUCCGUUCUGCUCUUGACACCAAAAGUAAAAUCUCUGCCGCUCAUCUUCUCGCUGCUCGACAAGACUUCUCCAAGAUCCUCCGUACAAGCAGUGGCAAGAUGAGGGAGAAGACUGCGUGUGCCAUUAAUAAGAUCCUCAUGGGCCGCGUGCCGGACCGGGGAGGCCGACCCUGUGAGAUCGAACCCCCUCCCCCCGAGAUGCCCUCCUGGCAGAAGCGUCAGGAUGCUCCCCAAGGCGGAGGACACUACAGUGGAGGCGGCAGGGGGGGCUACGAUCACCACUCCCAAGGUGGCCGUGGAGGAUAUGAGAGAGGAGGACAUGGAGGUAGAGGAGGAGGAGGAGGAGGAGGGGGAGGAGCAGGCGGCAGAGGGGGAAAGGUGCAGGGCGGCUGGGACGGUGUUGGAGGAGGGAGAGGCGGUUACAACCAGGGCCACUAUCAAGAUGCCGGAAAUCAUCAAGGGGGAGGAGGGAGAAGUGGCUACGGGGGAGGAGGUGGAGGUGGAGGAAGAGGAAGAGGGGACAACCAAGGAGGUUUCCAGGACCCUGGCUACCAUGGAGGAGCAGGCGGUUACCAUGACAACUACCAACAGGAUGGAAGCUGGCAUCAGGAGAGAGGAGGGGGUCGAGGAAGUCGUGGGGGCAGGGGAAGAGGAGGCCGAGCAGGAGAAACAGCAGCAGCAGCAGCAGCAGGAGGAGGUGGAGGUGGAGGAGGAGGAGGAGGAGGAGGAGGAUGGGGAGGGAGAGGGGGGCAGAAUUUUAACCAAGGAGGACAGUUUGAACAGUUCUUCCAACAUGGCGGGCAGCACUACAACCAAGCUGGCUUCAAUCAAGGCCGACACUACACUAGUUGAAGACGCAGUGAGGGGCUUCACAGCAGAGUCCACUCAAAGAUGGACUCCAUAUAAAAUAUGUGAACAGAUUUGAAAAUGCCUUAUCCUCCAAUUUAGAACUUUCAGCACGGUUAAAAGUCGACAAAGUGUGUGUGAGGACGUAGGAGAUCCACACAGAUACUGUAUACUCUGUACAGGCUGUUUUUGGAAUUAUUGUUUUACUACAGAGGGCAGUUUUAUUGUCGUCCUUUGCUUUGGAAUCAUGGUGUGUUCAUGUUUUUCUCUGCCUCCUCAAUAUUCAGAUGAUUAGUUGGACUCUGCUGACGUGACCUCCCUUUGACCCUUAAUUAGCCUUAUAUUGGACAUGUUUUUGAAAGACAGGAAAGCGUCCUGAGACGUCAGUCUUGGUGUAUAUCUGACGUUAGAAGUACACUCUUGAAAUCCUUUAAUAGUUUCAUUGAAUUUGACGAAUACUUGAAAACAACUUCACGUUUCCAGUCUUUAUUUUGUUUCAGUAGGUUUUGGCUGGAACCUCCUUUGUUACUUAUUUAAAAUGUCAUCUUUUACUGCUCAUGGAAGAGUGUGUGCAUACAAAUGUGGAUGUUGGAAGGUUUGCAUGAGUGUGUGUGUGUGACUGAGCAAUAAAAUCUGAAAUGAGAACAUUA